CCUCGCGCGCAUUUGUGACUCUCCGCCGCUCACAUCGGUUCGCCGGUGCUGUCGCUGCUGCUGCUGCUGCUCCCUCGGUCGUAGCAUUUUAGGACCUUGCCCCCGACGGGAACCUCGUCCGUCUCUUCCUAUGCGCCAGUCGUGAUCUAGCCGGGCACCUUGUCCCACACCGCGUUUUCUUUUCCGCACGACGGAUUUCCCCUCAGUAGUUUGGCGAAGCCGCUGAAUUUCUAAGUUUCUUUUGCACGAAGGAAUGGCGUCGUCAGCACUGAAAAAAUCGGGCCGCGCCGUUGCCGCUCUGCUCCGGACGCAGCAGCGCGCGGCUCUGCCCGUGGCUUCCGCAUGCGGGUUCAAGACCAGCUCGCCCAUCAUGACAGGCGAAGAAAGCCGCCUUGAAAAAACUGUGGGGAAGCCUACGAUGUUCCACUACUUGGACCUGCCUAUGCCCUCGGACAAGUCCCUUUGUACCUACAUCUGGAUUGAUGGUACCGGAGAACACCUACGUUCGAAGACACGAACCGUCAACUUCGUGCCAAAGAGUGCUGAAGAGUUGCCUAUGUGGAACUACGAUGGCUCCAGCACCUACCAGGCCCAGGGAUCCAACUCGGAUGUGUUUCUCAAGCCUGCUGCGGUGUACCCGGACCCUUUCUUGAGGGGCAGCAACAAGCUGGUCAUGUGCGAGACUUACAGGCCUAACAACCAGCCGACAGAAACGAAUCACCGAUACAAGUGUGCUGCUGCUAUGGAAAAGGUCAAGGACCAGGAUCCUUGGUUUGGCAUCGAGCAGGAGUACACGUUCCUGGACACGACAGGCAAACCCUUUGGUUGGCCCAAGGGCGGCUUUCCGGGACCCCAGGGGCCUUACUACUGUGGCGUUGGCACUGGGCGUGUCAUGGGCCGCGAUGUGGUCGAGGCUCACUAUAGGGCUUGCCUCUACUCUAACAUCAACAUCUCUGGAACCAACGCCGAGGUUAUGCCCUCCCAGUGGGAGUACCAGGUGGGUCCCUCUGGUGGAGUAAGCGCUGCUGACGAGCUCUGGAUGUCCCGCUACAUUCUUCAUCGCGUUGCUGAGGACUUCGGCAUUGUGGUUACAUUCGACCCUAAGCCCAUGACCGGAGACUGGAAUGGAGCUGGAGCGCACACCAACUUCAGCACCAAGGCGAUGCGGGCUGAGGGUGGAAUCAAGGCCAUCGAGGCUGCGAUCGCUCUCCUGGCGAAGCACCACAAGCGCCACAUCGAGGCCUACGACCCAAAGCAGGGCCGUGACAACGAGCGUCGCCUAACUGGCCACCAUGAGACGUCGAGCAUCCAUGACUUCUCGUCUGGAGUGGCUAACCGAGGCUGCAGUGUGCGGAUCCCACGGGCCGUUGCGGAGCAGAACAAGGGAUACUUCGAGGACCGCCGGCCGUCAUCUAACAUGGAUCCCUACAUGGUCACUGAAGUCCUUGUCCGUACCUGCCUCCUUGAAGAGUAGACUCCGAUAGCCGAGAGUUUUUAGUCGCAUGCCAACUCAGGGCUGCCUGCGUGAGCGUUCAAAAUUGUGUAGUAUGCAGAGCUAGCUAAACUUCUGUCUGGAGUUUAAAGAACUGUUGUUUAGGUUGCAUGUCUUGACUAUGCCAGAAUGAGCUCAGUAAGAAUCUGCAUGGCAGCAUAAUAGCUUUUGUUUCUCUCGCUUUGUGUGAAAAAAAAAAGAAACUAUACUGCCACUUGCAUUGUCCUAAAAGUAUUCUCAAUGUGAGGUUUUUGAGAAAAUAAGAAACUAUUUCCUUGAAAUAUGGAAUAUAUUUGUAGUCUUGCCUAAAAAAAUCGUCAAAUGUUUUCACGGUGUCUUCCAUUACUAUGUCCAUAAAUGUGUUGGCUGUGAACCGAGCACCUAAAGGUGUACAGCAUGAACUCCUUUCCGGAGGUUUGGUGUACUGGUUCUGUUCUGUAUGCUUUGUGCCAGACAGUGCUGGCUGCCAUUCGGGCUCCCUGGUGCUCUUUCCGCUUGUUGAACUGGAAAACACGUGUGGAGUUCAAUGUAGCUGGUAUUUUGCUUUGUUUUUCAUUUUUGGCCUUUAUCUGUUCAAUAAUAUGUAAACUAGUUAAGAUUCCAUGUUAGUAGGGAAGGCACCUGAAAAGAGGUACUCGGCUGUUUUCAGUAUAUGAAUUGCAAGAGGCUACUCAUUGCUCUUGAACUGACAUCACAUCAAGCGCCACUCGAGAUUGUGCAGAACGUAGUGAAUUCUUUCAUUUACUUGGGUGUGCCGGUUUCCUUACGUUUGGAAUGCCAAGCAGUGUGAUGGUAUGGUACCUUUCUUGCCUACUGCGAUGUUCAAAUUGUUUUCCUCAUGUUGCAAAGAUGUUUUCAGCCUUGUAAUGCAUGUAUCUCGUGGUGGCACGCACAGAAAUUUCGAAAAGCAUGCAUCAUGGCAAACUCUUAUAUAUGGGCAUCCUCAUGGCCACAACAUUCCACUCGUUUUGUACAGUUGCACAUGCAGCUUGCAUUUGUGAAACCUUUCUUUUUUUUUUUUUUUUGUAAAUAAGAAUUAAGUGCCCAUUGCUCCUGUGGGCAUUUUUAAAUAUCUGGCGUGCUUUUAUUUGAUUGACAUUUCUGAAACUCUAUAUAUUGUUUAUUAAAAAGGAAAA